UUUUAAAUUACAUCAAUGAAACAUAGAAAACGACGUAAGCGUUAACUAAAAGAGAAAUCUAAAAUUACGACUUACCAAGUACACAAAUCAAAAUAUUUUUCAAGAAAACGUCAAACUAUUUAGUCAAAUGUCAAAAAUAUUUCUGUACAAAAGAAAUUCGAUAAUUAAGAAUAUUAGGAAUGUCAUUAGUUCAGCAUCAAAAAUUAUAAGAAAUUAUGAAGACAAAUCACCAAAAUUUUCCAUAAAGUCGAUGAAACCGACAUGGGUCAAAAUAACUUGAUUAAAUAGAAAAACCAUAGAAUAACAAAUAUAUUAACGUAUAUUCAGAAUGAAACAACGUACAAAAGCAUUCAUAUGUGUUGUUGCCAGUAUAGUAUUCUUUUUCAUAACUGUUAUAUAUUUCGCAUUAUCGUCAGUGAUUGUCAAUGAAAUUGAGGGUCUUAAAUUCGCGAGAGGAGCAUCGAUUGCAAUAAUGAGUAUUGGAUUAGCAUUUUCACCACUUAUAGUUUAUUCAGUAUAUAAUCGUAAAUUUCAAUUAAUAAUGACUUGGUUAAUAAUACAAGGAAUUCUAUGGCAAUUAAAUGUUAUAUUGACAGUGGUUAUUUUACUAACAAUAGUACGCCAAACUGGUCCAUCAAAAUCAUCCAAAUAUAACGCAGCUGUAUUUACAGUAUAUAUAAUACUAGAUAUUAUAUGGUUUUUAAUUGGGUAUGGAAUAUGGCGAUAUUGGAAAUUAUUAAAUGAUAUUAAGAAUUUUCCAAUUUAUGAAAGAAUUAAUUUAGAAACACAAGGAGGUAGAACUAUUCAACCAGAAAGUAUUGAUUUUGAUAGUGUAUCUUUAAGAGAUUUUGAAAGAUUAGCGGCAUUUGGAUGGCGAAGAGGAACCCAUUAA